CAAACCCUGCUGGAGGCUUCGAUUGGUGGCUUCUCGCUCAGGCCUCCGAGGGCCGGAACUAAGUAGGCCGCGGGGCUUUUUGUCAAGGAAACGCCAGUGUUUACGGUUGUUGCGUCCUCUUCUGCUUCCACCGCAACUGCAUCGUUUUCCACCCCGUAGAGGACCUGCAAGUUUUCGCUGCCCACGUCUAGUUCCAGCCAGGCGGAGAGUUAUGCCUGUGCGCUGGAAGGGAUUAAGUGAGUACAAAAGAAACUUCAAAUGGAAGCAAUCAGAUCAGUCGAGGCUCUGCAGCUCUACGCAUGAACAAAAGUGCCAGUGGGCUGGCCUUCGAUCAGAUGAGUUUGGGAUCGCAAGAGAACCAAAUUUUAUUUCCAAGAGAAGAGUGCCUUAUUACAACACACAAAUCUCAAAAUCUUUUGAGUGGAAUGGAGAUAAUGGCUUGGAGAAAAAUGCAUUAUCAGAAUUGGAAGUCAGUGAGCCAGUAGAAUUGCACAGGAAUGGCAGCAAGGAUGUUGAAAUGAAUCAGGACCCAAGUGAGACACCUGAUGCUCCCAGGGUUCCUGAAAAAAUGCAUCUCAGCUCUUCAGGACCUAGACCUGAAUCAACUGUAGCACUUGGAAGAAGCAAGAAGUCAGUGCCCCAAACUCCAGUGCAUGAAAAUAAAGUAUUAGCAUCUACCAAAAAAGACUUAGGAAAACCAGAUCAUGGGCUGAAUAGAGUUCUACAGAGGAAAGCAGGCAUGAAUAUUUCACGGUCAAGGAGCUUUCCUAGAAGUUCUGAGUAUCAAAGACAGUUUGUUUGGAAAACCCCACAGAAGCUAUCUCCAGUCCUUGCAGCAGAUCAGUUUAUUCACAGUUCAAGUCACUCCAUUCCUCCAUUUAAGUCUCCUGCUCUUAUCCCUGAAACUGAAUAUGAAAGGAAUUUCAAACCCUCGCCCCUUAUGAAACAUCUGAAACAAACAUGCCCUUUGGAAGAGAGUGAAUGUCCUAGAUCUGAAUCAGUAGAAGUCUCCUCUGGAGAAAAGAAUGAAAAAAAUAAAACUACUUCAAAGACAACAGAAGAUUCAUCAAAUCAAAUCAAAUUAGAAACAAAGCAGAAAGAAGACAAUCAAAAACAGAAGCCGCUGUGUUCACACAGAAGUCAUAAGAAAAUGAACACAGAAUAUAGAUCGAAAUUCUUGUCUCCUAAUCAGUACAUGUAUAAAAAAGGAGCCUGGGUCCAUGUCAGGAAAAAUGUACCUUAUCAAGGUUCUCAAAACACCCUAAAUACCAUGUGGUAUAUGGAGGUGAAAGAACUUCGAGAGAAAGCAGAAGCUUACAGGCAAAGGAUACAAGGAACCCACUUUUCCAGAGAUCAUUUAAAUCAAAUCCUGUCAGAUAACAAUAGACUCUGGGAUUUGUCCUCUGAAUCCAGUGUAGAAGAAACCAUGAGCAACAAUAUCAGAGCGCUUGAUUUAGCAGGGGUCCCUGAAAAUAAACUGUCCUCAGGUCCUAAAAUAUUGCCACAAUCUGAACAGCUCCAGCCAAAUAACACUGAGAAUUUAGGUGUAUCAGAUGCUGCUACUGUUCCCGUCAAGCGACGUCUAGUUUGGGAUGAAUCAGGCAAUGAUGAACAACAGGAGAAUCAGUCACUUGCAUUAGGGGAAUGCAAAGAAGAAGAUAAAAAGCAAGAAAUUGAUGAAGUUAAAGAAGUGGAAAAAAAUGAUAAGGAUGCCAGUAUAAACAAUCGGCAAAAGGAAAAUGUAAGUUCUUCUGAAGACAUGGCAGAUUCUUCAGAAUCCUUAAGAGCAUUUGGUAGACUUCCGACUCCACAACUGAGAGCACUUGGUGGAAUCCAAAGAACACAUCAUGAUCUUACAACACCAGCUACAGGAGGUGCUGUUUUAGUAUCCCCUCAAAAAGUGAAGCAUUCAUCCUCACUGCAAAUAAAAAAGGGAUCUUCUGCAAAUAGUCAAGUUUCAAGAGAACAAUUAAAAAGAAAAACUAUCAGGGGUGAAGAAAAAGCUGUGAGUAAUUCCCCAGCUGCAGGACUGGAAACUUUGGACCCUUUGCCUCUAAGAAAAGAUCAGUGCUCCAAUCAGGAUACCUCUGGUCCAAGAAACUGUGCAACAUUAGUGCAUUCAGAGCAGAUGCCUACAGUGUCUGAAACAACGUUGGCUAAGGGUUCUGCUCUACCCUAUUGGAGUCCAUUGUGCCGCAUUCAAGGAACUCUCCGGGAUCCAGAGUUUCAGCAUAAUGGUAAUAUUGCAAGUGCCAAAAGGAGCUGGUUACAGAUACCCCUUCAGGAGAGAAACUAUCAUGAUGAAGAUGAUGAUGACCGAUUGUCCCAGUUGUCUGCUCGAUCUGCUGUUUCUGGUUCUCUUGCAUCACAGGUUCUGGAACGAGCUCAAAAGAGAAAAGAAAAUUUCUGGGGCAAAAUGUGAUUGUAUUUUGCUGUGCUUGUAAUUUGCUUUAUAUUGGGGUAUUUUAACUUUUGUGAAAAGAAUUUAAGGUUAAAUUCUGUUUUUUUACCAGUUAGGUGAAAGGAUCUGAUUAUACAAAUGCUGAAUAUUCAAAUACUCCUUUUGUUUUGGCUAGAUAAGGAAAUAUUAACUUACCCAAAAUCUGUAUUCUACCUCACUCUCAGAAAAGCACUAAAAACAAACAGGCUACAUAAUAAGGUAUUUCCAUUUAAUGAAUUCCAGAGGACUCCAUAUCACUUUCAAAAAGCAAUGAAAUGCUGCCAUGCCACAAGGUUCAAGAAGCCCUUGAUCUUGUAACAGAAAUAUAACAUUAAGCAUAGCCCAUGAAAAAGUUAUCCCGAAGUAAAAAAAAGAUGGAACACGAAUAGACCACCUGCUGCCUUCAUGGCUUAAUUAGCAGCUAAGGAUUAUUUCAGUUAUUCUCCUAUCACUCAGCAAGCCUAAAGAUUUUUUAAAAUCUUCAUUCGGUAUAUUUAUACAUAACUUUUAGGUACCUUCUAGUUGGAUUCCUUAGUAUUAAUCCCUGUGUUCCAGCAUUGUCUACCAGUUUACUGGCUUUUUAAAAAUCAAAUACACUUUUAUUACUCUACAGUACUAAACUAACUUUCCCCAAUUUGAUGAUCUUGUGAUAUUUCAAGAGUGCAGCUCCUAUAGUCCCCAACCAUUAGGCCCAAUAGCCAUGCUGCUAGGAAUUCUGGGAAUUAUAGUUCUGAAAAUUUUGGAAGAAACCAAGUUGAGGAAAUCUGUUUUAAGCAAUCUCAGUUUCCAUUAUGAAAUUAUCAUGAAAAAUACAGUCACAAAUAUUAGUCAUAAUCAGUUUUCAAAUGACUACUUUGGCAUUUCAGUAUUGCCCACCUUCUCCCCUUUACCUCUCAAUAUUUGUAUCAUGAUGGCCAGCUUAAAGCUGAAGUCUAUUGUAUUUCAGAUUGUAACAUUAACAUGACUCUGGUGUAAUGAAGCACAUGAGCAUGUAUGAACUUUGUAUGUUCAACAUUUCAGAGAAAAUGGGUUCUUGGCAAUCAAUUUUCUUGUGUUCACAAGCUAGCCUUAGGUUUUGUACAGAGAAUCCUUAGCCAUACCAAGAGCAAAAUCUGUUUUAAAUAUUAUGUUUAGGUACUACUAAUUCUUCCCAAAAUUCUGUGGUAAUUUGAAAGAGCUAAACCAGGGAUGUGGUUCCCUAGCUGUUGGACAUGAACCUUCAUAAUUCCUAGUCAACAUGACCAGUGGUAAAAGAAAUGGUUGAAUCUAUAGUCCAGCAAGUUCUAGAAGCAAUAUAUUGUUGGUCCCUAAAAUAUAUUUUAACAAUUCAGAUAUUUUCCUGAUGUGAUGUUGUAUUAUUGGAAAGCAUUGUUUUAAACUAGAAUGAAUGUUAGAUUAUAGUAAAUAUUCAGGAUAUAAUUAGUUCUUCUCACAUAUUACUUACUGCAUUUUAACAUUAAAAAUAGAUUUAUGCAAAAAAACCUUGAAUUUUCUUUAAUAUUUUAAAGAUGAUUAGAUUUGUAUGAUGGCAAAUCAAGUUGUGUGUGUUUUGAAAAUGGAGUAAUGUUUUUGUGUACAAAAAUUCUAUAUUAGAAAUGUGCAAACCUGUGCCACAUUUUCAUGUUUUACUUGCAGUGUCAUUGUUUCAACAUAAACGUUCAGUUACAUUUAAAUUUGUGUUUUAUUUUAAAAUAUGUAUUCAAUCUUGUAUUUUAAUACAUUUAAAUUGCCAGGAAAUGUGGCAUUUUGGAGAAGCAGAAAAUCUUGGUGUACUCAUCUGUACAUCAACUCCAAAAUUAUCUGUGGAUCGGAUAAUUGCAUUUUCAACUCUGCAAAAAUAAAUUUCAUGAGAUAGUUUAAUUGAGGAAGAUACAUUGAACGUAUGAACAUUAAUUUAACAAAAUGAAGUAAUAACUGAAAAAAUAUUGCUGAACCACUCAGUCUGGUAUUACCAAAAAUGAUCCCAAAUGAUUCAUGAAUGUAACAAAUUAGUUACCUUUGCAAA